AGGGUACAGAGGUGACAAUUUUCAUCCUUCGAUCGAGGCUGGAAGAAACGAAACGAACAACAAAAUGGCGCGCGAAAAAGAAUGGUUUUUUACUCUAUUUGGAAUAUGUUGUUGCAUCAAGCUGCUUUUGUUGCCAGCAUACCGAUCUACAGAUUUUGAAGUGCAUAGAAACUGGCUUGCAAUCACUCAUAGCCUACCUGUUUCUGACUGGUAUUAUGAGGAAACUUCACAAUGGACCCUGGACUACCCACCCUUCUUUGCAUGGUUUGAGUAUUUACUAUCCCAGGUAGCAGAGUUCUUUGACAAAGAUAUGCUAAUUGUCACCAAUCUUGAGUAUGGAAGCAGAGCAACAGUUGUAUUCCAGAGGCUGUCUGUAAUCUUCACUGACUCUAUGCUAAUUUAUGCAGUGUACAGAUACAUUGUUUGUAAUCUUCAAGGAUUCAGAAAAGAGCCUUUAGCAACAAGCAAAGUCUUCAUCCUGACCAGUUUGCUGCUUUUUAAUUUUGGAUUGUUUGUUGUGGAUCAUAUACAUUUUCAGUACAAUGGAUUUCUUUUUGGCAUUUUACUGCUAUCUAUACAGAAGACAACUGCGGGAAGCAUACCCCACGGAGCAUUCCUGUUUGCAGUUCUCCUCAAUUUCAAACAUAUCUUCCUUUACAUCGCCCCUGCAUAUUUUGUUUACCUUCUGAGGGAGUUUUGUUUCCGAAAUACAAGGAAAUCUUCAAGGAUGGCAAAUUUGAUUGGUGUUGAUAUAUUUGACCUGAUGAUAUCGAGGUUGAUCGGGCUAGGCCUUAUCGUAUCUUCAGUCUUUUUGGUUUCAUUCGGGCCAUUUGUAUAUAUGGGCGAUCUCAAGCAAGUUCUUUCUCGCCUGUUUCCAGUAAAAAGAGGGUUGUGUCAUGCCUACUGGGCCGCGAAUUUCUGGUCCUUAUAUAAUUUGGCUGACAAAUUUCUUGCAAUAGCUGGUUCCAAACUAGGUCUCCAUAUCUCUUCAACAAGUCAAGCUUCCAUGACUGGUGGCCUUGUGGCACAGCAAGAGCAUCUCGUAUUGCCGUCUGUAUCUGCCUUGGCAACUGCAAUUCUAACGUUAGCUACGAUGCUGCCUUCGUUACUUAAUAUAUGGUACAGACCAUCUGGACCAAAGGGAUUUCUUCGUUGCCUCAUAAUAUGCGCUUAUUGCUCGUUUCUGUUCGGUUAUCACGUGCACGAGAAGGCAGUCAUCAUGAUAAUCAUACCAAUGUGCUUACUUGCAGUGGAAUCAAAGUCAGACUGCCGUGCGUUCAUCCUUCUCUCCGUUCCGGGACAUUUCGCUCUGUUCCCUUUACUUUAUCAGCCAUUUGAAACUCCACUUAAGGUUACACUUUUCUUGGCGUACACUGUAUUAUCACUUGCAUUUCUUGCUAAGUUGCACAGGUGUGAAAUAUCAUCUUUUGGUCUGCCGUUCCUCAACCGGAUCGAGGCCCUCUACAUCUGGGGUCUGGUGCCUCUGUACAUAUAUUGCAAUGCAGUUCAUUCCAUGAUUGGUCUCAGUGAAAAACUGCCUUUUGUUCCUCUGAUGCUAACGUCGGUGUAUUGCACUAUUGGAAUUUUAUGCUCAUGGGGAGUUUUUUACUUCAAAUCAAUGAAUUUUACAACCAAAGACAUCAAAGUUAGUUAAAGUGUAACUACAAUGAAUUUUUAAUAGUUUUGAAGCUGAGAAAAUCGAUAGAUAUAUUUCAAUGAUUUAUUUAAAUAGAAUUUGGAAAAAGGUUGUGAUUAAUUUUACAGAUGCAAUUCUACGUCAGCCGCCAGAUGUAGCUCGUUCAAUGCUCCAAAACAGCGAUGCAGUGGUAAAAUUUCAGCUCACAGAAUUCUUGAUAGAACAUAUUCAAGCGAUUUUAUACCCUUCAAAUGCCCGUCAAUGUAACACAAUGUACCUUUUUCUGGUCUACCUCUGUUUAUGCAAAUUGCUCACAAGGAAAUAAAUAAUCAAAAGGUGUUGCUAGGAUGCUUCAAAGGUGCCAUUCCCUAAAAAUUCCCUUGUUUAUAAUGCUUUUGGCAAAAAGAAGUAAUCGAGUUAUUCUUUGGGGGCAUAGUGUAUUGAAAAACCAAAGGCUCAAAGCUUUUUAACACAGUUUCCUGACCUUCUCUUUCUAUCGUUCUCUAAAGUGACAGGUUUAGCCGUAAUACAACUCUACUUAAGAACACCUGCUGCGACCAAUUCUAUUCCUUACAUCGAAUUGGUGAUACAAAAAUGAACAAUUACUAGUUCGUGUUUUCAUUUUGAUAGAGUGCUGAAACUUGAUAUUACAGCCCCUCAUAUUAUUAUAUAAAUAUCAGGGUUUGGUGAACAAAGAAUCAAUGCCUUAUUUUCAUGAAUUUACAGCGAAAUAUUAACUGACCUUUUGUUUGAAAACCCUAGUUAGCCCACUAAGGGAGUAAAAACUUGCAACGACAGUGUCCCUAGCCGUGGUUUUAUACCAUCGCGGGAGAAUUCAGCUCAACCAAAGAUAAGUAACAAUCACGUGAUUGCACAUUUGAAGCAGGAUGUCAGCAAGUUCUCUUCAGGUUUGACUACUGAAUGCCGGUUUAUUUCAAUGCAAAUUAGAGCAUACCGGUUGCUCAAUCAAUUGCUUCAUAUUAAAAGGACGCUGUCGUUGAAUUUCAGCCACCCGUUUAGCAAGUUUACUUAACCUGAAUAGUAGCCGGACAUGUCUCAAAAAAUUUCGUAAAAUUUAUUGAUUGAUAAAGUUUUUUAGAAUUGGGCUCUUUCUCCGCGUUUACUUUGUUUAUUUUUGUAAACGAGCUUCAUCUAUUAUUCAUGACGUUAUACUAGUAAGGUGAAAGACAGGGGAAAUUUUAUUUCCGCUGCCUGGUUUUUGUCAUCAGUGCCCGGCAUAAGUACUUGACCAGAACUGCAUCUACAGCAAUAAUAUUAAUUUAUCAGCACCUGCAGCAUCUUCAGAAAUUUUACAAGUUUAUGUACUCAAUCUCAAUAUACCCUUCAGAAACUGUUUAUUAGCUAAACAAGCUCGUCAAAUGAUAUGUUAUACUUGAUUUUCAAAACCAUUUGAUUUCUCGAGUUCGUAAUCACAGCCGUAUCGAAACAGUGUCUUACACCCCACUAAAUGGCUGACUCACUAAUGGCGUUACUUUUGUCGUAUUGACUGCUAGUACGUUUUGAGCCGCGCAGGUGCUGGACACCUCUUAUCACCCAUUUUAUCCACUGCAGGUGAGACAGCCAUUCAAUUUAUAUUUUUGCCCCAUCCUACUCAAAUUACUGUUAAAGCUGAAUUUACUUCCUUGAAAAUGGCAAUGUGUUUUGAUGAGCAGGCCGCCAGCUCAUUAGAAAAUACGUUUUUAAACUGAGUUAACUUGAUCUUUAUUUCAAGAACUCGUAUUAUAAUCAUCUGAUAAUUGCAAAUGUUUCUUUGCUUGCUGCUUUAAUUUAUUUCCGUAUACAGAAACUUUAAUAGAUAGCGUUGCUAUUUGGUUUCUUGAUUAACACUUAGAGUGUCUUGAAAAUUAUUGUGCAUUAGAAACAUCCAAAAAACGAUUAAAAUUAUUGAAAUGAGUUCGAUCUGCAUGUAUGCAUUGCCGUCUUUGUAAAUAAUGCGACUUCGUAUUUUUUCGAUUAUAAGAAUAGUGUGUUCGAUUUUCGUGCACAGGUUUUCGUUGGCCUAAGGGUGAAGAAAAGGUUUGAUUUUUUGACGGCAGACAAUUC